UAUAAAUUAAAGUUGUUAUUAAAGUCAAUCUGUAAGCAUAAGUAACCCGGCGGUUCUUAUCGCCCCCUAGAGGUCGCGUUUCAAACUGCAGAAAUGUAUCAGCUCGUCCCAUGAUGCACCGCGCCGUCAACGGCUUCAGUCAUUCAAGCAGUUCAGUUCUGGUGUUGUGAGAGCGUCCGAUCGGUUAGGCCAUCUGGGCUCGGGUAACCUGCGUCCCGAACCGGACCGGACCCUGAACGGAGGGGUUUAAUUCAGACCUUUUGCGACGAACUUUACCGUCCAUGUUUCGGGACUCGCCGGUCGUUGACGGGAAGCGAGCGUUUGGGCGGCAGAAGCGGUGCUGUCAGCGGAGAUACAACAGCAGAAAUCCUUCAAUACAGAGACUGCACGUAUAAUUCACCGACUGAGAACUUAACUGUGGCAUUGUUAACAAGUCUAAAGCAGCUUCAUGGAUUUAGAAACCGGAAGAAACGAACUGGGGGCAAUGGGGGACGCGCUACAACCGCAGACCCCAAGCCGACACGAGAAAAGUCUCGGGCUCCUCACCACCAAAUUUGUGACUCUUCUUCAGGAAGCAAAGGACGGUGUCCUGGACCUUAAAGCUGCUGCAGAUACUUUGGCUGUGAGGCAGAAACGGCGCAUUUACGACAUCACAAAUGUUUUGGAAGGUAUUGGACUUAUUGAGAAGAAAUCCAAAAACAGCAUCCAGUGGAAGGGUGUUGGUCCGGGUUGCAAUACGCGAGAAAUUGCAGACAAGCUAAUAGAUCUCAAAUUGGAAUUGGAGGAUCUUGACCGGAGGGAGCAUGAACUUGACCAGCAGAGAGAUUGGGUUCAACAGAGCAUCAAAAAUGUGACUGACGACUCGCUUAAUAGCCCUCUGGCGUUUGUAACACAUCAAGACCUCUGCAAUUGCUUCAAAGGUGACACUCUCCUUGCUAUCAGAGCUCCCUCAGGGACACAGCUAGAAGUUCCAGUGCCUGAAUCUCAUGUGAAUGGACAGAAGAAAUAUCAGAUUCAUCUGAAGAGUUCUGCAGGGCCUAUCGAGGUCCUCCUGGUGAAUAAAGACCCCUCUAGCUCCUCCCCGGUUGUGCUGCCGGUCCCCCCGCCAGACGACAUGCUUCAAAGCCUCUCCACCCCAGGUUCAGCUACCUCUGCUACUGAUGCCUGCACCAAACCAGCAGCCAAGAGCACGGCAUCUUCCGUAUCAACCUGUCAGAGUCCCUCCACCACCACCACCGUCCCUCCAAGCACAACCACUGCCUCUACUGCAGCCACAGAAAUCAAUGUAGACAUUUCAAGCAACUCCACUUCAGAUACAACGGCCAAUCAGACUUCUUCAGUAGACACCCAGCAGCUGCAGUCAUCUGCCUCAUUGGACAGCAGCUCUUCACUUCCUGAUUCCUCAACUCUAUUUGAACCAAUUAAAACCGACGCUUCAGAUUUGCUGGACUUCCCCAAAGAGCUUUCAGAAAUGUUUGAUCCUAAAGAAAUCAUGAGUACAGAUUUGCUUGAAGAGCUGAUGUCAUCAGAAGUUUUCUCUCCGCUACUUCGUCUGUCUCCACCUCCGGGUGAUCAUGACUACAUCUAUAACCUGGAUGAGACCGAGGGCCUCUGUGACCUUUUUGACGUUCCAAUUGCCAACCUUUGACCUCGGAAAACACCACGUUAAGAGUAGUGUAUCUAAGAACUUUCCAUCCCUUUUCAAGGGAGAAAAAGAAAAGCGUGACUCUGUGUCAGAUCCAUAUGUAUGAUAAGCUGAUUCUGUGUGUAUAUAUUGGUUUUUUAUAUAUGUAUAUUUACUCCUCACCCAAAGCGGGCGACUGAAAAGAAGCUUUCCUUGCAAAAUUUAUCUGACGUAUGAAGCUUUAUUAGUUUCCGCUUCAGUCAUCUGAUGAAGAUAUCAGACAUCGAUAUGAAAUCUUUGCUUAUCUAUUAAACAGGUCAUUGUUUUAUACAAUUUUUGUAUAGACACAAAGGAGGAUUUCAUGGUUAUUACAAAAAUAGACAUAACUCACCAGCCAAGGUUAGUGGUUCAAUGAAAGCCAGCUAGUCUUAACCAGCUUUUUUGUCUUCCUGUUUGAAAGUAGUACAUUAUCUUCGACCACACAAGUCUUUAAUCAGGCUGUGGCAUAUUUACUGAACUCGCAUACUGAUUAUUAUAGAAAGCAUAUUUCUGUGUUUGCAUCUAUCAUGAUUAUGCUUUUGAACAAAGCAUGCCUCUACGUCUGGAGUCUAAAGAGUUUAAGCCAAUUUGCAACAGCUUGUUGUCAUCUUACAGCAAAAGACAUCACUCUGGUGCAGACAGUUGAAGUAAUUAUACACUAAUAACUAAAAAGAAAGCGUGUGUAGUUGAAAGAUUGUAGGGUCAGUUGUGUGAAACCUUUACAACUGGUGCUAUAUAGCAUAAUAUAUUUAUCAUAGCAUCAAGCUCUUAAGAACAAGCGAAGGAACAUACUUGUGUGUUGGGUAUACCAUUCCUACUUUUUUUGUACUCUCAUCAGGUGUGUUGAAACGUUAAUCCCGUGUGACUCACAACAGCUAGUUUUCGGUGUUUGUAAUGCAUUUCACAAAGAAAACCCUGUUUUCUCUGCAUGUGCUACAAUUUGUUUAGAGAUGCCUAUGAAUUUACGCUGUGGAAAGGUCAUGUCUUAAGCCCUGUACAAAUGUUAAAUUGGAUGCCAAUUAUUGAUAUUUUUGUAUUUUGAAAUGUAGUCUCUCCGUGUUUUUCAGAUCAUCAAGUACAUGUCUGUCCUAAUCUCAACCCAUUUCUGUAUGUGUGUAGAUAUGCAUUUGAAAGUAUUCAGGAUGUUUGUAUAUGAGAAUAACUAAAAAGGAUCUUAAAGAGUGUGUGGGGAGGGCAUAAAAAGCAGUCACAAUUUAAUGGAGUCAAAUUUGCUUACUAGAAUGUCGUUCUGUUGACUAUACCAGUUGAUUCUAACUGAUUGGGAACAGAAGGUCAUUUUUUGUUUUCUUGGUACUUCAAAACGACAAAGCAUUUUUCAUUUAUUUUUCUACUCUAUAGAUCUCAAACCAAUCUGGUUUCAGUAAUGGAAUAGUCUGUAUUUGCUUUCUUACCCAUUUCCACAUUGCACUUUAAAACAGGUAACUUCAAACCCUAUGAGUUCUAGUAGGCAGAGUGUAUUAAUUUAACAAUAUCCAGGGAGCUGUAGCAGGUUUUAAAUAAUCACUGUUUGUGUUAUUGCAAGGCAACAAAAUCAUUGUUCACAACCGGAAUAACCAUCCCCAUGAAAUAAAGUGUUUCUACUUGUGA